UCGAUUAAUUUCAGAACUUUUUUUCCAGAAGUAUGAACUAUCGGAUAGUACCAAGUAAAAGCGUAUUUUUAAUCAUUAUAAUGACAUGUCAGGAGCUAAAUUACGCUACUCAAAGAACUCUACAAAGACCAUGGAAAGCAGGACCAAAUUUCUUAACAGCGAAAAAUGACAUCGGUACACACCUACUUAGGAACAUGGAAUUCCAGAACAAUUUAAACGCAUUGACAAAAGUUGGCGAGAAAAAUGGCAAACAGGUUCAAGACAUCCCAGAAUUAGUGAAUGUCAGGACAAACAAAAGGAGCAUAAAAAUAAAAAAGAGCAUACAUAAAAGAGGAAAAAAUAAAUCUCCUUCAGCGACGAAUACGAUGUCCUACGAUUUUCUAAAUUACUUUAAUAGUACUAGAGUAUACGAUUCGAAACAUUGGACUACUAUUACCAAUCAAAACAUGAUGACCCAAAAGUCUGAAAUCAGCGAUUUAAAAACUUUUCUCGAAAAAUCGAAUGAAAUACAAAAAGCCAUUGAAGCACCGAAAGACGAAGAUUUUCUUCGAAUCAAGGUAAAGGAGAGUAGUGACGAGAUGAUCAGUGCUUUGGUUAAUUUUGGUUCUGAUUGUGAUCGCAUAGACCGCCAGGCGUGUUGGUUUGUUCGUGGAAUCGGAGACACACUCACUCUUGGAAUAAACAUUAGCAUCUCUAAAGAAUUCAAAGAAUUUUCCAUCCAGUGGAGAAAAAUUUACAAGCAACGCCAGAAGAAGAAAGCGAUGAAUAUCAAGAUAGAAGCAGAUCGUUUGCCUUGGAAUAUGGUGUUGGGAAGUGGAGGUCGAGAACUUCGAUUGAAUCCUAUAACCAAUUCAGAUAUAGACCCAAAUAGAAUAUCAGCCAAAGUCUAUCAAGUUGUGCAGACAGAAAGCAACGUCGAAAAAUAUCACCUCAUCAAGGAGCUUAAAUUUCGCAUCGAUGUUCCUCCAAUAGAUAUGGGUCGAGUGUAUUAUGGCGAAGAGCUGAACAUCAACAUGGAAAACUUUUUGACCUUACCAGAGAAAGGUAAUCUCGAUUUCGAAUGGAGUGUAGAGAAACCAGAAGGAGAUAAAGAGUCCCUGCCUAGCAAUGUCAAAAUCAGUUCUUCUGGGAGAUCGAUUAUAGUUAAAGAACUGAAGAAUGGUCAAAUGAAAACCAUAAGUUGCGUAGUUUUUUCUUUGAAUGGAAUUGCAAUAGCUAAACGAAGAUUUAAAAUACGAGAAUUAGUUUCGCAAGAUGACAUGAGAAGAAAGUCAGUGUCAAGGAGAGGAAGCCAACUGCAAGAAGAUAAUGAGGACAGUUACUUUUUUGAUGAUUCCCCUCAUAAAAAAUGUCUUCUCGUUCAAAAUAAAAACGUAAACGUUAAUGAUUUCAUGAAACCGAUUUCCCGUAGGAAAAGAUACAGAAAAGAUUCCAAGAUCCUCCCACUUAUUUAUGAGUGCUUGCUAUGGAAGUCUCAUCAGCGCCUGCACCCUCGGUGGGUGCCUCAUAAAUAUCCUUUUACAAAUAAUGAGCCCAGACUGAAGUCUAUCGAAGAGCUCAUAGAAUUGAGCGAAGACAGCGAUGGGACAUUGGAUGACGUUAUUCCUCAUGAAGUUCAUUUUGUAGAACCUAAGGUAAGAAUAGUGAAGGAUAGUGUUUUUGAAAAUUCCCGUUAUGUCAACUUCAGGCAUUGCUUAACUGAUUUAGAUUGCGGACGUGGGGCCUUCUGUAUAAUACCAAAAGACCAGAAAGAGCUGGAUGUAGCCCAAAAUACUAGCGACAUAGGAUUCUGUUACUGUAAACGUGAAUAUUUUGCAGAUGGAAUAAUUUGUAAGAAAAUUCCUCUUGACAAGCACCGAGGCAAACGAAUAAAAAGGAACGUUCUGAGAACAGAAGACAUUGAAGUAGUGCCAAGACUGUUUUAUUCUCAGAGAGAUGUGUCCUCCAUUCACAACUCAGUGAUAGAACGUGAUACAGACGAGAUUGAGACAACUUUGAAAAAUCCAACGUUUGAAGAAGAAGAAUCAUACCUAUUGAGUAGUUGCCAUAGCAACAAGGACUGCAGCCAACAUGCCACAUGCGAUCAGGUCCAUAACAGAGAUCAUUCUUCCUGCAAAUGUGACAGAGGAUAUAGAGGCAUGGGGAUAUUUUGCUGGGAAAUCAUGGAUUAUGUCGAAGAGGAAUUGAUGGAUAAAAGAAGAACGAAAAUAGAUGAAGAAACUUUCAUGGAAUAACUGAGAGGCCGUUGUAAAUUAGCAUGCUGUCAGAUUAUUAUCUAUUGAUAUAAAAAAAUUGGUGUAGAAAUCUCGUCAAAUAACUCCGUAACUGAAACAUAAUUUCGAAUUACAUGGAACAUUAAUACAUCAUCUUAAAAGUUUCAGUUUUAAAGUUACAUUAUAUUAGGAAUGCUAUAAAAAUUUAUAGAUUAUUUUUGUACCUAACAUUAAAAGUACCUACAAUACUAAUAAAGGGAUUUAUUUUCUGUUAUAGUUGAAAGGAAAAUGAGUAAAGCAGAUUGCUCAUUUUCCCAUUGCUAGAUAACUAGGAAACGCUCUGUGUACUACAUCGCGAUAAUUUUAUUGUAGCAAAACAUGUGAUUAUUUUUAAAAAAUCAAUUUUCUUCAGUUUUAAUUUUAAAAAUAUUGGGUAAAAAUCCGUUUAUGUUAUACUUUUUCUUUAAUCCAGAGCUUUAUUUGUUGUGGGUGUUUAAUUUUUUUUUGUCACCAAAUUAUAUUUUUAAAACUUUAAAAUGUAACUGUGCUUAAUUAAAUAAAUUGUCAGAAUUUUCAUUGGCAACUGAAAAAAACGCAAUAGAAUCUCCAUACAUACGAUAAAAUAGGCUUUUUAUUUCUAACCAUGAUGAUUUUGAAUACACAUGAAUGCAUUAGAAUUAAAGUGAGAUGAUUUUAUUAUUAUAGUUAAUUUUUUAUUUGUUUUUAUUAAUCUAUCUUUAUUUAAAUACAAUGCAAUCUUUUCACAAUACUGCCAAAAACGGUUAAAUACUUCAAACAAUGCUUU